AAAAAACUGAACAAACUAACAAACAAAGGAGUUAAUUUUAGGGUUGAUUGCAGCUGAUUUCCUUAUUCAACUCACAAUCACAUUUUUGAGUGACCCUUCAGCAAUUUAGCAUCAAGUUGAGUUCUUUUUCGAUUUUCCAAUCUGAAUAUUCUACAAAUUCGUUUGCUUGACCGGGUUCAGAUCAAAGAUUGAAUUUUUUGGUUUCAGCUUUUUGGGGUGUGCUCAUGGUGGUGAGGUUUAACCCUUCGUGUCUCACACUGUAUCAACAUCCUCACCACUCUGUUUGUUUCUCGAAACAAGUAUCUGUUAAAAGCAGUUAUGGGAGACACAUGAAAAGAGGUGGAAUUUCAAGGCCCCAGAUAGAGUUUCCUUCUCCUUUGGGGAACGGUGAGGGUUUGCGUGUGUUUGUUGUGUCUGAUUUGCACACUGACUAUGCUGAGAACUUGAAUUGGGUGAAGUGCCUGAACAAUGUGAAGCACAACGUGAAUGAUGUUCUUCUUGUGGCUGGUGAUGUUGCUGAGACAUAUGACUUGUUUGUUGUGACAAUGUCUCUCUUGAAAGAAAGAUUUGAACAUGUGCUCUAUGUGCCUGGAAAUCAUGACCUUUGGUGCCGUCGCGAGGGACAAAAAUAUGUUGAUUCUGUUGAAAAGCUGGAUAAGUUGCUUGAAGCAUGUAAGGCACUUGGAGUUGAAACACAACCAAUGGUUAUAGGUGAAUUAGGAAUCAUUCCCUUGUUCUCUUGGUACCAUGAGAGCUUUGACAGAGAGAAGGACAUAACGGGAUUUCACAUCCCGCCUUUGGAGAUGGCAUGUAAAGACUUCCAUGCGUGUAAGUGGCCACAUGGACUUUCAAAUGGAGAUAUGUCCCUUUCAAUGUAUUUUGAUGCCAUGAAUGAUAAGCAACUGGAGAUGAUGGAGGAGGUUAAGAUGAAAUGUGAUCACAUUAUUACCUUUUCCCAUUUUGUUCCAAGGCAGGAACUGUGUCCAGAGAAGAGGAUGUUAUUUUAUCCUAAGCUUCCAAAAAUAAUUGGUUCAGACUCUCUUGAAGAUAGAAUAAGGUCUAUUCAUGGUGCUGAGGGUAAGAAGGAUGCAUCAUCUGCUUGCCAUGUGUUUGGCCAUACUCACUUUUGUUGGGAUGCUGUUGUUGAUGGUAUCAGGUAUGUGCAAGCACCAUUGGCAUAUCCAAGGGAGAGGAAGAGGAGAAUGAAUGGAGGUGAAAAUUGGCUACCAUUUUGCAUUUAUGCUGAAAACAAAUUUUCUGAGAGACUCAAUCCUUGCUUUUGGUCUGACUAUUAUUCUGCCAACCCAAGAACACCUCAUAACACUGAACUUGCUCCUUGGGUUGCCAGAUUUUACAGGCAAACACACCCUGUAGAUGUGUAAUGUUUUUGUUGUUACUUGUAGACACUCAUGAAGCAUUCCUCUCUAGAGGAUUCAUUGUUUACUAUUUUCAAUAUAGGCUGGGCAUUUCAUUCUA